UUCUCAUAUGUUUAUGGCAGUGUUUAGAUGCUAUUUUGUGCGUUUAUAUGUCUUGUUGGAUUUGAAAAAUUAUUAUGUGAAUGAUAGAAAUAUUUAAUAUAUCUUGUGUUUGAGUGAAUAUUUUUUCGUGUGUAGUGAAUGCUGGUCCAAGGUGCGGACAUAAUGUCGGUUGAUGAAAGCAUUGAAUGGCUGUAUGAGCUGCUAGAGGAUGUGCAAUUGAAGCAAUUUUUGACUGCCAUCAAGGAUGAUUUGCAAAUCACACGCUUGGAACACUUUGAAUUCGUUAAGACAGAGGAUUUGGAGAAGAUAGGACUUAGUAAACCAGGAAUUAGAAGAUUAUUAGAUGCAGUAAGAAAGCGCAAAAUUCAUCAAUGGAAAAAGAAUCUCAUUACGAAAAUAAUCCCAUCGGCUGGCACCAAAUCAAAAAGAACAAACACAGAAACACCUGAUAGUUUAUCUGCAAGCCUAACAUGUCUCAUCAACGAAAAAGACCUGUCGAUGUCAGUAAAACUAGGUGAUGGCUCAUUUGGGGUUGUACGUCGUGGAGAAUGGACAAUGUCACCAGGUAGAAGUCUUCCAGUUGCCGUGAAAGUCCUCAAAGCAGAUGCGAUCACCCAGCCAGGUGUAUUCGAGGAUUUCAUGAAAGAGGUACAGGCCAUGCAUAGUCUCAGCCAUCCAAAUCUCAUCCAGCUGCAUGGUAUUGUGUUAAGCGUGCCUAUGAUGAUGGUAACUGAAUUAGCACCGCUUGGUGCGUUGAUCGAUGCUCUUCGGAAGCAGUGUAUGCAUACACCAGUGACACUUCUUUGUGAAUAUGCAGCGCAAGUUGCAACAGGGAUGGAAUAUCUCGAAACGAAAAGGUUUGUGCAUCGCGAUUUGGCAUGCAGGAAUGUUUUGCUUCUCACGGCGGAUAAGAUAAAGAUUGGCGAUUUUGGUCUUAUGCGUGCAAUACCCCAAGAAUCAGACUGCUAUGUAAUGACUGAGCAUAAAAAGGUGCCGUUUCCUUGGUGUGCGCCGGAAUCACUAAGAUCACGACAGUUUUCUCAUGCGAGUGAUGCGUGGAUGUUUGGUGUCACAGUAUGGGAGAUGUUUACAUUCGAGGAUCCAUGGAUGGGUUUAAACGGUGCGGAAAUUUUGAGAAAAACUUAUACAGAAGGCGAGAGGUUGGCACCUCCAUUGGCUUGUCCAGGUGAUAUAUACCAGUUGUUGCUGCAGUGUUGGGCGAAGAAGCCGCAGGACAGGCCUACAUUUGCUGCGAUUAACAAGUUUUUCAAGCAGAAGAGAAUUUCGAUAGUGAAAAGUCUCGGGAACUUAGACGAGCCGGAUAAGUUACGUGUGAUGCAGGGGGAGGAAAUUGCUGUGAUAGAAGGAGCGGCGGAUGUGUACUGGUGGAAGGGUCAGAGCCAGCGUACAUUUGAGAUCGGCUUAUUUCCAAGGUGUUUGAUUAGUCUUGGCAGGCAAAUGCUAAGUGAAGACAUUAGUAAACCUCUGCAUAAUUCAUUUAUACACACCGGUCAUGGUGCGGCGUUUGGAGAGUCCUGGGGUAGUCCGUCACACAUUGACGAAAUGUAUUUGCGAAAUCCCAUGGAGCCGCCGGAUGUUACUGGUUAUCCACACAUAGACAAGGGAGUUCAAAUGCGCGUGGGUGGGACUUCACCAGGACAGAAACAGAAAUCAUACAGACAUUCUGCGAGUGUUUUGUUGCGUCCGUCGGCAGAGAAGCAAUUCGUGUAUAAAAAGUUAGUAAAUGAUCAACAUUCCGAUAGUAAAUUGCGAACUAAAGUUGUGGGUGUGAAACCAGACCGACCACCGCAACCCUCCAAUCGUGAAGGUAUUCUGAUUGACAUUUCACCAGAUGGCGCACCGUGCGCUAAUAGACAUGCUGAGCCCUCACGGGUUGCGGUGUCGCUAAUUGAUGAGCCUAUUGAUGUGGCUCAGGUAUCAUCUGCACCGCCGACACCACCCCCAUAUCACAUGCCACCUGCGUACAACAACACAUCGAUAGCUAAUUUUAACGAACCACAGAAACUCGAUGAUGAUCCGUUUGAUACUUCUACAGUUCUUGUGGAAAAAAUGCAAUCAAUAACAAAGAAUGAAAUAUUAUCACCGAUCAAAAAUCCGACGCCAUCGAAACAAAAGUCAAAUUAUGCUGCAAGUUAUAUCCCUGAAACGCAGCCAAUCUCUAGUCGUGAGUUAAUGAGCCUCAUCAAAACAGACUCGUUUGAUUCCUACGCCCGUAAUAAUUUCGGGUGUAAUUCACAGGAGAAUCUCAGUGAAGAGUUUGAGAAGGCGUUGUGCAUUGGCUCGAAAAUGAAUGGAGUUGCGAAUUUGCCGAUGAUUGACCCACCGCCGCCGAAUCUCAAUCUAAAACGCACUAAUGAAGUUAAUGCAACGAUCAAAACCAUCACAGGUGCAUCAAGUGCGCAUGCGCAAAACCAUAGUCUUCCCAAAGUACAAAAUGAAUCUCAGCCCAUUUAUGUUAACAAUUCCAAUAGUUCCACCAUCACUCAUGCUUCCAAUGGCAACUCAAAUAGUUUUUACACUGGUACUUACAACAAUGGCAUCACAUCGGUAGGCACUGAAUUAGGAUGUUUCAAGUCUAAUAACCGAGCAAGUAUUGUCUCGGUUGCAUCGCCAUAUGGCUAUUCGGCAGUAUAUGAAAGUUCGAGUAGCACACAACCGACAUACUUGAAUAAAGAUGUUAUGUAUCAGCAACAUAAUGAUUAUGCAGUUGGACAUGCGUAUAAUACAGUUCCCGAUGAGGAAGUGUAUUCCGAGAUCGAGGAGACUUACUAUAGUCAAGUGCCUGAUAAGCACGUGCUUAUUCCGACAAGACCUGCACCCGCACCACCACCGGGGGCGCAUCCGUUGAGCAUGCAGCAGGUGCAAAGAAGACUUCAACUUGGAACGUUGAGUACAGAUGCUGAACGUUUAAUGACUCAUGAAUAUCGACAGUCGAAGAUUACUCAGGUGCAGAAUGCCAUUCCAGAUGCUUCUGUUGAGGAAUGUGAGGGGAAACUGCAACUCUUCAGGUGGGAUGUUGAACAGGUGAUAAGACACAUCAAAAUUGAACGAUUAUUGAGGCUUGGAUUGACUGAUAGAUCAAAAUGUGAGAGUGCUCUCCAACGAACAAACUGGAAUGUCGAAUUGGCCGCGUCGUCAAUGCUCGAAUGAAACAUGACAAUAUGAAAUAAUCAUAAUUGCAUAUCAAUGCUGAUGCAUGGUGAAAAGCGGGUAUGAAAAAUCGAUACUCUAAAUAAAAUAACGAGUCUGUGAUGUAUGGUUGGUCGAUUGACGCGCUAUAGUAUAAUUGUUAAGUGCCAAAGAAUACGGAAAUGCAUGGUUAAAUAUAUUGCAAACUAGAACUAGGCCGAAGAAAUAAAAAGCAGAACUGUGAACGAUUAUCCUUAUAUGCUUAACAGCUUCCAGUUAUAGAUAAGAGUGUGAACAUAACAAAUAUAACAAAAGUCUGGUUUUAGUACGGAUUAACCAAAUGAAUUUUUAUGACAAUUAUCAGUGUCUAGUCAAAAUUCUGAAGCAGCCAAUUCCACUCGAAUGCCACUAUUUAUCGAAAUUUUCAUCUCUGAUGAAUCCAUAAUGUAUAUAAAAUAUAUACAUGCAUUAAUGAUCUUUUGAGAAGAGUAUGAGCGUUUUUAUUUCACAUGAAUAUGUGUAUAUAGUUUUCUUUAUAUAUUUUUUCAUGACUUACCUUUUAUUUUAUUUAGUAAACUGUGUGGAUGCUAAUGUUAUAGAAUUAUAAUAAGCUUGUAAUAUACUGCAGUUGUUGUUUUUAUUAAAAACACGUUUUUUUUAAA